UCUACUCUACCCACUGCACCUCGAUCGCAGGUAAUGCGCCGAUAUUUUUCUCUGCAUCGAUUUAAUUUUUCGGGGAGGAAAAUAUAACAGUGCUUUUUAUGCUUUCAAAUAUAUGUUAUUUGUUUUACCAUUUCCGCGUUCUUUUCAUCCCGUCCAUUUGCCCGUUCACCAAUAAAAAUAUAAUAUAAUCAGAACCGUAAACGUGUAAGUUUAUUAGAAAUACGUACUCCGCUGAUCGAGUGUACAUUGUAUUCUGGAGCAAAACCGUUUUCGUAAUUGUGCGUCGAGAAGUAAUUUUUGUAUCUCUUAAUUUCCUUGACCGUCGAAUUUUGGAUCAUCUGUCGUUCAUUUCGUGUAAUCGUUGUUUUGAAUCGCUUGAUUUGAAGUUUAUCUGACGCACAAAUCGAAAGCAGAGGACUCAAGACACGUCGAGAAGUUUUUUCACUUGUCAGGUGCUGAUUUACAAAGUAACUGAACAAAAACACCACACAAUUGUCUGAACGUGCUUGAAGACUACCAAAUAAACAUACCCUGCAAUGACAACUAUCGUGUUGCUGUCAGUGUCUGCAUAGUGUGGUUUAUUUUGUUGCUGCGUUAAUCGCAGAUUUUAUUUGAGGCCAAAGUUAUUUAACUAAUAUAACUUGAGAUGUAUGCAAAAGGAAAGGGCGCUACAGUGCCAUCUGAUGCUCAGGCCAGAGAAAAGUUAGCAUUAUAUGUUUAUGAGUAUUUAUUACAUAUUGGAGCCCAAAAAGCAGCUCAAACAUUUUUAAAUGAAAUUAGAUGGGAAAAGAAUAUCACAUUAGGUGAACCACCAGGAUUCCUGCAUUCUUGGUGGUGUGUAUUUUGGGAUUUAUAUUGUGCUGCUCCAGAACGCCGUGAUACAUGUGAACAUUCAAGUGAAGCUAAAGCAUUUCAUGACUAUGGUUUUGUGAAUUCAGGUUAUGGUGUAAAUGGUAUUACACAUAACGCUGGACCUUCUCCUAGUCCUUUAGGACAAAUGCCCCAAAAUGAUGGAAUGCCUGGAGGGCCAAUGCCUGGAGGAUUUUUCCCAAAUUCAUCAAUGAGACCAUCACCUCCAAGUCAUCCUUCAGCACAACAAUCUCAUUCUCAACCUCCAUCACAUGGACAAAUGUUAUCAAAUCAGCCUUUUAUGGGUCCUCGAUAUCCGGGUGGUCCAAGGCCUGGAAUUCGCAUGUCACAAUUAGGAAAUGAUUUUAAUUCUCCUACAGGUCAGCCAAUGAUGCCAGGCAUGGACCCUUUAAGACAAGGUGGUAUGGGACCAAUGAAUCCUCGAAUGAAUCCUCCUCGUGGUCAAAACACUCAAAAUAUGAGUCCAUUAGGAUCAUAUAGCCCUGGAAUGCGUGGGCCUCCACCUAACACAACCUUGGGUCCUGGUGGAGGUGGUGGACCUAAUAUGCCUUUAUCUAUGGGUGGACUUGUUGGAAGGCCACAAUGGCAACCAAAUACAAAUACUCCCAUGAGUUAUUCAUCAUCAUCGCCAGGAGCUUAUGGAGGACCCUCGGGUUCAGGCGGCCCUCCUGGACCAGGCACACCAAUAAUGCAAAGUCCUCAAGAUUCUUCAAACUCUGGUGGAGAAAGUAUGUACACAAUGAUGAAGCCGGUUACUGGAGGGAAUAUGCCUGGUGAUUUUCCAAUGAAUAAUGCAUCAGACAGUGGACCGCUAGGACCAAUGGGUCCUAAUGCGAUGAAUUCGGUUUUGAAUGGCGAAGGAUUAGAUGGUAUGAAAAAUUCACCUGCACCAGGUGGCCCAGGGACACCAAGAGAAGAUAGUGGGAGUGGCAUGGGCGAUUAUAAUUUGUCAGGAUUUGGAGGAGCGGGAGAAAAUGUAAUUGGCCUGGAUAUAUAUUAGUUUAUGGACAUUGAAGACAGUCGAUGAACUACAUACUGAUUAAGGUGUGAUGAUAACUGUAUGGUGACUAAGAAAUAUUAAGUUGAAAAUAAUAUUACAAUUUACAUUUAUAAAAACAAAAUGUAGAAUUUAACUUUUUUUUAUUAAUUUAGUACUAAAAUGCAUUUAAAUUUUUUCUGAAACCUUAAGUAUUGUUCACCAUUUUUUUUAUCUCACCGUUAUCAGAUUAUUAUUUGUCUUGUCCAAUUUUUCUAAAUUUAUAAUCAAUAGUUUGUCAUAAUUUAAGUGUWUAUUAAAAUCUCUUUGAGUUAUGCAYAUUGUAGAUUCCCAAAAAAGUAUUAAAGACAUGAAAUAACUUUUAAAAAUGCUAUAAACCGCGUCAGUGUAAUGUGCCUGAAUUUUAAUUGGUUGUUUAUAGAGUUAAUACGUACAUCUGUUUACAAUUACAUGGUAUUAUUAUGGUCUGGGUAUUAUAUUAUUUUCUUUAACAUUUUUAUUCAGAUUUGUAAAUCUAAACAGAUAUUAUUUAAAUCCAUUACCUAUUUUUUAGUUCAAUGUUUCUCAACCUUUUUGGUUUGUACAAAAUACAAAUACCUAUUGUUAAUCGUAAAUAACCCAUGAUAAUGUACAUUGAUAAGUUAUCGACAAAUAACAAAAAAUAUCAGAUUUUCUAGUGGUAAAUUUUUAAUUGCGUGACUACAUUAGAUAACAGUAUAUGUAGACAUUCUGCACAUGUCGUUAAACAUUUAUAUUUUGCAUUUUUUAUUUUUUAUUAACUCAUUAUACAUAUAUUUAGAUUGUGUAAUAUUUUUACA